GCCACAGAGCCUGUGCUGUUCAUGCGUCGAGUCCCACGACCUCUAGACAGCACCUUGUUCCAAGGACAAGAGAGCCCCGCGAGGCAAGUGGCUUCCGUCACUCGGGUGAUUCUGAAAAAUGCAUUAAGGUCUUCUGAAAUCCGACAAGCAGGUGGCAGGCUCAUGCUGUGGAGACCGGGUCCCGGAGGAAAGGCGCCCUCAAGUCCUGCCAGUGCCAUCUGAGGAGCGGCUCGAGGUCACAAGCACUUGAAAAUUGCCAGCGUAGCCAAGAGAGCGGACACAGUGUCGCCGAACUUCCCUCAGUGGAGUGCCCCUGACGGGGGUUUCCAGAAGCCGAGCAUCUCCAGCCUGGCGCCCUCAGGCCUCCGUUCUCCGCGGGCGGACUCCCAGCUGUGGAGACCUGCUGCUGCCUGCAGCGGUUUCACUUCCCGGGGCGGAGGAGCUCCCCGCCUCCCCAGGGCCUCUCUCCACCCCGCCGCCCCGGCUCCGGCUCCCGGCGACACGCUGCGAGCUGGCCCGGGGCUCAUCCGCCGCCAGGGCAAGGCCUAGACGGGGGCCCUUACCGGGCCGGCCUCCACCGGGCCCCGGGACUGCCGAGGGGACUCUCCGGGUGGCCGCCCCUCCUCAGGCUCCCCAGAGAAACGCCCAGCCGGAAGCAAGCCCCGGCGGUGGGCGGUGCCUGCGGGCGGCCCCGCGGUGCGCUCGGGCCGCGGGCCUGGACCUGGGUUCCCGCGGCGGCGCCCAUUCCCCCGGCCGCACCCGCCCGCCGCCCCGGCACCACCGAGAGCGGCGGCCGGAGAGCCAUGCCUUGCCUGCGCCUCCGCCUGCCGCUGCUGCCGCCGCUGCUGCUGCUGCUGCUGCUCCUACCGCUCCCGGGCGCGCCGGAACCAGGCGACGAUGCGAGCCAGCCGGACGGGGCCCAGGAGCCCCUCCGCGGCCUGCGCGAGCGGCUGAGGGCGGCCGCGGCGCUCUCCCGACGGUACUGGGCGCUCCUGCGCUGCCGCGUGUGGCCCGAGGACUGUGAGCGCGCCGAGGAGGCUGGCGCGGGGCUCCUGGGCUGGAGCCUUCCCCUGUUGGGCCAGCAGUACCUGGACAUCCUGACCUCGUGGUACUGCAGCUUCCAGGCCUGCUGCAACAGCGGGGACUGCAGGAUCUCCAACAACUUCACAGGCCUGGAAUCGGACCUAAGUGUGCGACUGCACGGCCAGCAUCUGGCUCGGGAGCUGGUCCUGACCACGGUGAAGGGCUACUUAGAGCUGCCCCAGCCAGGCAAGGCCUUGGCCCUGUCGUUCCACGGCUGGUCCGGCACAGGCAAGAACUUUGUGGCGCGGCUGCUGGCAGAGAACCUGUACCGGGAUGGGCUGAGGAGCAACUGCGUCAAGACAUUCAUCGCCACCCUACACUUUCCUCACCCGAAGUACAUGGACGUGUACGAGGAGAAGCUAACAAGUGAGAUCAAGGAAACACAGGAGCGCUGCCACCAGACCCUGUUCAUCUUUGAUGAGGCUGAAAAGCUACAUCCGGGACUGCUAGAGGCCCUUGGGCCACACCUGGCACACCAGACCCCCAAGAACCACAGGGUCGGGUCCCCGAAAACCAUCUUUCUUUUUCUCAGUAACCUUGGAGGCAAUACCAUCAAUGCAGCUGUCCUGAAUCUGCUUCAGGCCGGAGGGACCCGGGAAGAAAUCAAGCUGGACCAGCUGGCGCCCCAGCUCCAGGCCGAGAUUGCAGAGUCCACGGACACUGGCUUUGGCCACAGCUGUCUUGUCAAGGAAAAUCUGAUUGACUUCUUCAUCCCCUUCCUGCCACUGGAGUACCGCCACGUGAGGCUGUGCGCACGAGACGCUUUCCUGAGCCAGGGACUCCCGUACACAGAAGCAGCCCUGGACCAAAUUGCCAAGAUGAUGGUGUAUCUCCCCAAGGAGGAACAACUCUUCUCUUCUCAGGGCUGCAAAUCUAUUUCUCAGAGAAUUAACUAUUUCCUCCCUUGAGGGCUAGAGGAGGACUUCCUGCAACUGCCUGCCUUUCACCAGUGGGACCCUGGGGUGGGUCACGGCACUGUGUGGGACUCUUAAGGGCAGGAGGGGUAGGCUGGCCUCCAUCCAUCACUGACACACAAAACGUGUAAAAAGGAAGGCCUUAAAUCAGAAACAGAGCCAACACUUUAUAAUCACUUGGUGCCUUAAAGAGCCACAUUCCAAAACGUGGGCCAGGUGGUUGGAGAAAGCCACAGGCCAGAUUGAGUCCCAAGGCCUCGCUAGCAUCUCCACUCUUGUCUGCAGAUGCCUGGACUUGGGCAUUGAGGCUGGAGGUCACAGGGUCCUCCCUGACAGGAAAGGGAGAAUCAAGUUCUGCUUAGCAGCUGCCAGGCUGCGCCUCAGGUGUGCAGGCUGGGGGCUUAGCUUUCAAGUUGUUCCAAGAGGGAAGCUGAGCAGCUUCUGUCUGUGAGCAGAUCAGGAGAAAGCCUCAGGCUAAAGGAAAAGUACACAGAGGAAUAAUUUUUUAUAAUAUAUAUGAUGUCAGUGGAGGUUAAGACUUGCUCUCUUAGAUUUAAAAGAAAAAUUUAAGUAAGGCGCUUUGACAUGGCUGUGUCACGUGUAAAGAUUAAAGUUUGUAUUUUUCUAAAACCCUUUCUCUUACUGAGACCUGGUCCUCGUGCUCACUCACCAAAACUCCGAGUGGGUGGCGGGUGCUGGCGGACGGGGUGACCCCAGCUCUGCCAGGUCACUUCCCGUCACCUCAUGCAGCAGCCAAGCUAUUACUAAAGCCUCUGACUGAAGAGCCUCUCACAGCAUCGUGCUCCUGUACGUGGAAACGCCACUCCCGGGCUCCCAGCCGUAAAAAAUCUUCAUUUUUGAGGUUAGAAUGGCCAUGUAUAAAUGCAAACAUUGUGUUUCUAGACACCGGGGAUGUGUCGUGUCUUUUCCCUGCUCUUCGUUCUUUUGCUUUUCUGGAAUCACACACAGGUCUUUCUCUUACUUUUGUCAUCACCUCAAGUAUCGCCUCUUACUUAAAGCCCUCCCCAACCCUCUUCCGUUUAGCCCUGGAAAAACAAAGCUUCGGGCUCUCUCCCAUUGAGCACUUGACUGCACUCGUUUACACACUGUCUCAAGCUCAGGGAGUACCUGCAGCCUGAGCCACAUUACCUUCUCAGUGUGCAAACAGGUGAUUGAAGGGAUUUCUUCUCACUAACCACAGGACAAAAGCUCAGCUUCACUGCACAAUAACAUGGGCUGGGUAUGUGGUUGGGCGGGGGGCAGUGUUAGCCACUGGCUGGGUGUCUCAGUCU